AUGUCAAUCAUGCCUUUCACCGGCCAUAAUGUCGCAGGCCACCGGGUAUAUAGAACUACCAAGUAUUGCGCCGUGUGUCGCGAAAAACCUGCUGAUAAACGUCCGAAAAGUCAAACGGUCUACUUUUCCCCGUGCGGGCACUUUGUUUGCGAGACGUGCUUUGGCAGGGACCCGACCAAGUGUUUUGUGUGCGUCCAGUGCUCAACCUACGUCGCGCGGGCCACCGAAGGGCUUGCUUCCGAGUGCAAGCACCAGAUCCCGAUGGCCAGGUUGCCUGCGUACAUCCUACGGGCGAACAGGGCGGAGACUGAGGUGGAGGGUCUAGCAACCAACUUUUUUCUGGACCCUCUCGAAAAGAUGCCGAGUAAGUGCGCGCGGUGCAUCGCUUUGGGCAUCUUGCAAGAGAUCAUGGCUGAGGUUCGGGCGUCGGGGCUCCCUAAUUCCGAGAGGGCAUUUGUCUGCCUCGGUCAUGGCCUUGACGCCAUCAACGCGCGAGAGUUUCCCGCCCUGGGGCUUCACGAACUGGACGUCAUCAUAAACGCGCCCGAGCUGGAAGCCUUGGCGGAGAAGAAGCGCAGGAAACUUCGCAAUACGAUGCGCAACGUGUACAAGGAGCCCGGGUGGAGUCAUGGACUGGUUGAAGCAAAAUUCGUCUUUCGCUUAUGCCAGAUAACGUCCUGA